UUCUGAAUUUUCAUUAAACACACAGAUGGUCAGAAAUUCUGACCAUUCCGGGUCUGCCCUGGUUCCUGUCGAACAACUGGUUCAACGGAACUUUCAGGCCCAGUUUCUCCAGAACCAAUCAGAAUCAAAUCAAAGGAGAGCAUGGGCGUGUCUCUGUUUCUGAUUGGACAGAAACCAGGAAGUCCUCCAACAGAGAGAGAGAGAACCAAACUGGUUAAACCCAGAAUGUUCUGGAUGUUUAACCGGAUCGGAACCAUCAUUGCUCUGAGCUGAAACAUUAUGGAGAACUGGGAUUGGAUCAGAAUGAAAACUGGGUCGUACAGUCCAGCUUCCUGUGACCCAGUUAGACAUUGAUAAUGGUUCUGAUGGCUGAGAUGGCAAGGUCCAAACAGGUCUGGGUUGAUUGGUGAGGGUAAUGGAACCAGAACAAGCUGAACAGCAGCCUAGUUCUGUUUCUGAUCCAGUAGCAGAUGGUCCGGGCUGUAGAACCGAGCCUGAGUGUCCCGGAGUCCUGGACCUUUGGGCACUUCCUGUGUCUUAAUUGUUACAGGCUUAAUCAGGUCAAAGGUUAAAGACAGGAAGUGAUCAAUAGCAUCAACAACGACCAGUUUUGAGUUAUAAUAUCUCAAUAAUCUCAGAUUAUUCCCGCAAGUUCGUCCUGAUUUCAGCAUAAACUCCUCCCAGCUCAGUCAACUACACAACGAGGCGGCGGACCGUUAAAGAGCAGACCCACUGAGGGCAACCUUCCAGAAGGCGGGGCCUCCGUGACGUAGCAGGAAGAGGCUCCCACGUGCUACAUUGUGUAUCCGUACAGUUUUCUUUGUGAGGAUUUACUUCUGUUUCAUUUGUUUUUAUUUUAAUCCACAUUUUGACAGACCGGAGGUCAACAAACUCGUGUAGGUCAUUGUUAAAGAUGGCGGAUAUUUCCUGUGCAGUGAAGAGAGGAGCUGCAGAACUUCCGUAGGAAAAUGUCUGUUUAAGGAUUCUUUAGACUGGGUCCGACUCGAACACCAACACCUGCAGUUCAUCCCUGAACACCUGGUCCUCGUGUCAGUUAGAGGUACGUAGAUGACGUCAUCAGCAGAGCAGCAGCUGUGUCUGAACAUCUGCAGUGUUCCUUCAUCAUCAUCAUCAUCACUGCACUGCAGCAGGAAAUGGGCGAAACACAAGAAAUGGACCUCAAAGAAGCAGAAACCAGAGAAGAAGAAGAGCUUCAUCUCCCCAGAGGAAGAGGAUGAUGAUGAAGAGGCUCCCCUGCAGGCCCCACCCCCUGAGCUGACCCACGGACCACCACAGAAGAAGAGGAAGAGGCAGGAGGAGGUGAAGGAAGGAGGAAGUGGCAGCAUCAAGACUUCCUCUCUGUUCAGACACAACCCAGAGAUCCCAGAGAUCCCCAGACCGGCCGUCGCCCAGCUGAAGGAGAAGGUUUUCACCUCCGCCUCCUUCUCAGACCUCCACCUGCACCCCCACCUGGUGGCGACGCUCAACAAGGUUCUGAACGUCUCCAGACUGACCAGCAUUCAGCAGCAGACCAUCCCGGCUCUCCUUUCCGGACGGGACGCAGCGGUCCGGUCCCAGACGGGUUCAGGGAAGACGCUGUCCUACGCCGUCCCGCUGGUCCAGCGCCUGCAGGCCUCCGAGCCAAAGGUCAGCAGGUCGGACGGCCCGCUGGCGCUGGUCGUUGUUCCGACCCGGGAGCUCGCCCUGCAGACCUACAACACCUUCCAGAAGCUUCUCAAGCCGUUCACCUGGAUCGUUCCUGGCGUUCUGAUGGGAGGAGAGAAGAAGAAAGCAGAGAAGGCCAGGAUCCGUAAGGGGAUGAACGUGGUGGUGUCGACGCCGGGCCGGCUGGCCGAUCACAUCCAGAACACGCUCAGCUUGGCGCUCGGCGCCGUGCGCUGGCUGGUUCUGGACGAGGCAGACAGGAUCCUGGACCUGGGCUUCGACCGGGAGCUGACGGUGAUCCUGAACGGGCUGAACAGAACCGGGCCGUCCCGGCAGAACGUGUUGCUGUCGGCCACGCUGAGUCCAGGUGUGACUCGCCUGGCGGACGUCUGCUUGCAUGAUCCAAUCAGCAUCAGUGUUUCUGGCCCCGCCCCCUCUGAUCCGCCCAGCCAAUCAGAGAGCUUUGCUGUUCCCGAGGAGCUGCAGCAGUUUGUGGUUCUGGUUCCCAGUAAGGUCCGGCUGGUCUGUCUGGCCGCCUUCAUCCUGGAGCAGUGCAAGUUCUCUCACAGCAACAAGAUCAUCGUUUUUGUGUCGAGCUGCGAAGCCGUCGAGUUCCUGCACCUGCUUUUCGGCUCCGUCCUGACCCGGCACACGGCCAAUCAGGAGCUCAGCUUCCUGCGUCUCCACGGCAACAUGAAACAGGAGGAACGCUGCCAGGUUUUCCACCAGUUCUCCGCUUCCACCACUGGAGUCCUGCUGUGCACGGACGUAGCCGCCAGAGGGCUGGACCUCCCUCAAGUCACCUGGAUCGUUCAGUACACUCCUCCCUCGUCAGCUGCUGAGUACGUUCACCGAGUCGGCCGCACGGCUCGGAUCGGAGGAAGAGGAAACAGCCUCCUCUUCCUCACUCCCGCUGAGGCUGACUUCAUCACGGAGCUGGCCAAUCACAACAUCAGGUGGGCGGACCAACAGCUGCAGUCACCCAAUCACUGACCAGCACCAUCAGAAACACAUCUGGUACCAGCAUCCACGGUA